AUGUUUUUAAACUUCACCAAAAAUAUGUCGCUGACAAAAAUCAUUACAAGAACUUUCAGAACAACCGCAACUAGACACAGAAUAAUUAAAAUUCAAGAUCAAGAAGACUUCAAUAAACAAGUACUUAAUAGUAAAGAACCUGUGGUGAUAGAUUUUUUUGCUACUUGGUGUGGACCAUGUAAAAUGUUACUUCCUCGAGUAGAAAAAAUAAUAGAAGAAUAUAAAGAUACAAUUCAUCUUGCCAAAGUUGAUAUUGAUGACAAUGCUGAAAUUGCCAUGGAGUAUGGUGUCUCAGUUGUACCAGAACUAGUAUUAAUGAAAGAUGGGAAAGUUCAAGGAAAAAUGAUUGGACUACAAGAUGAAGAUAAAUUAAAACAUUUUAUUUCAAAGCUAACUGAGCCUACAAUAGAAAAAAAAUAA